UCAUCUAAAAACUUAAAAUAAAUAAGAAAGAGAAAAAAAAUCCAAUCUUCAAAUUUAUUUUCUUUGUUUUCAAUGAUUCAUCAUGAAUAAAUCCUGGCAGAUUUAGAAGGCACCAAGUAAGUGAAGUAGAUCAGAUCUGAAAAGGAUUGGAUUUAUUUCUCAAGCAAAUUUCCUCUUGAAAAGCUUCGGAUCUAUUACUUCUAUCUAGAAGUGGUAAGCUUGGUAGAGUGCUGAAGAAAGGCAUUUGGUUCUCAUACUUUGAAUUGUCUUCACCUUGCCUCGUUACGUACUUAAAAAGUGUUACUCGGCAGAAAACUGAAGAAAAAGCAGUUGGUUGUCACACUUUGGACUAUCUUCACCUUGCUUGAAGUUUCUUCAAUUUGAGCUGUCAAGAAUGGCUUGUGGGUUUUGCGAGGAUGCUCUCUCUAACUGCGUGGGAACACUGCUCGUGGAUUGGGUGGCGAAGCCAGUAGGACGUCAAUUUAAUUACAUUUGUUGUUUUCACAACAAUGUUGAAAUGCUUAAGGAAAAAAAACACGAACUGAUAGGUGCUCGAGCUCGGCUGCAACAUAAGAUUGAGGAUGCUAAGAGGCAACUUCUAGCAAUUGAAGAUGAUGCUGGAGGCUUGUUAUCAAAGGCGGACAAAAUCCUACCAAAUUUGGAAACUUUGGAAAGUGAAAUACAAAAAAAUAAGAGAUGUUUCAAUUGGUGUCCUGAUUGGAUUUGGCGGUAUCGCUUAAGCAAGAAAGCAAUGAAGAACACUCUUGUUAUUUGUAAGCUUCUUGUCAAAUUUGAUCAACUUGGAACAGUGGGCUACCGUUCAACUAGUGCAAUUCCGACCAUAGAAUUCCUCUCAUCUAAGGAUUUUACGGUUUCUAAAUCUUCAAAAAAAGCUUUCGAUCAGAUCAUUGAGGCCUUACAACAUGACAAGGUCAGCAUGAUUGGAUUGUGGGGGAUGGCAGGGGUGGGCAAGACAACCCUAGUGCGUGAAGUUGGAACUCAUGCCGAAAAAUUUAAGCUGUUUGACAAAGUUGUGAUUGCUACUGUGACUCAAAAGCCAAACGCUGAAACAAUUCAAGAUGAAAUUGCAAAAUACUUGGAUUUCAAUAUGAAGAAUGAACGAGGAAGAAAAUCAAGACAAGAAUUCUGGUUGAAACUGCAGAAACUGCAGAAGGAUAAAAGGAUUCUAAUAAUCCUUGAUGAUGUUUGGGCAAAAAUUGACUUGAAAGAGAAUAUAGGAAUUCCAUUUGCCGAGGAUCAUAAAGGCUGCAAAAUUCUUUUAACAACUCGCCGUCGACAAGUAUGUGAUGCUAUGGAAUGUCAAAGGACAAUACCACUUGGUUGUUUAGAAGACAAUGAAGCUCGAGCUUUAUUUAACGCCAAAGCUGGUUUAAGCGACUCUUCUGUUGCUUCUAUUAAGGAUGUGGCAACUAAAGUUAUCAAAAAAUGUCAAGGUCUGCCCAUAGCUAUAGUUACAUUGGCAAGUGCUCUGAAAGGUAAAAAUCUUCAUAGGUGGGAAGCAGCAUAUAGGAGACUCAACAACCGCAGAUUGGAUGACAUAGAGGACAUCGAUGAAAAAAAUGCUUACCUAGUUCUUGAGGUGAGUUUUGAUUAUUUGAAUGAUAAGGAGACCAAGAUGUGUUUCUUGUUAUGCUCUUUAUUUCCUGAAGAUUAUGAGAUUUAUGUAGAGGAGCUGGUGAGAUAUGCAUGGGGAAUAGAGUUGUAUAAAGGUAUGGGCUCAAUUCAAGUGGUGAGGAGUGAAGUGCUUGCGGCGAUGGACAUCCUCAAGGAUUCUUGUUUGUUGUUAAAUUGUGGAGAAAGGCAUGUUAAAAUGCAUGACUUGGUCCGUGACUUUGCUUUGUGGAUAGCAUCAAACAGAACGGAGUUUUCUUUUAUGAUAAAAUCAGAUGUUGUUGAAUCGUGGCCAAAGGAUGAAAGUUUUGAGCCUUACAAAGCAGUCUCCUUCAAGACUAGUUGGAUUGUUGAACUUCCUAAAAGACUGCUAUGCCCAAAUCUCAAAAUUCUUGUACUUGGUGGAGAUGAGAAGAUGACAACUUCAAGUGAAUUCUUUGAAGGAAUGACAGCAUUAAAAGUUUGCGCUUUGAAUUCUAGAUUAAUAUCUCCGGAUGCAUUUCAGUUUCAAACAAACCUUACAACUCUACAUUUGGAAAGUUGCAAACUCUUGGACAUCUCAGUGCUUGGGCAGUUGAAGAAACUUGAAGUUCUUUCAUUUAGUUGCUCUGAUAUCAAAGAAUUGCCAGAAGAAAUAGGUGAUUUGGAUAAUCUUAAAUUGUUGGAUUUAUCAUAUUGUGAAGAACUACAGAGAAUCCCUUCUCAGUUAAUACGAAGAUUGUCCAAAUUAGAAGAACUAUACUUGCAUGGUUGUCAAUUAUUAAAAUGGGCCACUGAGAGCACUGUUCGAGGAGAAAGAUUUGCCAGUCUAUCAGAGUUGAAUUCCUUCUCAAACUUGAUUGUAUUAUCUUUAGAGGUUUCUUCUGAAGAUAUUCCAAGAGACUUUGUGUUCUGUAAAUUACAAAGGUUUUAUGUAUGCCUUGGCUUUGGCUUUUCUAAUUUUUAUGGACUGAAGAUGGACUCUGAGAUCUGCCCAUUCUCGAGAUCUUUAAAGAUUGAGGGGUCUGUAAUAGAGGCAUGCAAGCAGUUAUUAGGGGAUACAAAAUCUCUUAAUCUGAAAGAUAUGGUGGGUUACCCAAAUCUUGUUCCAAGCUUGGAGUCGGGCCAAGUGGUAUUCAGUGAGCUGACUUCUCUGGGUAUUGAGAGUUGCGAGCAUAUGAAAUGUCUCAUUGAUACUACAAAGCAGCAGGUGCUAACCAAUGCAAUUCCAAUUCUACAGAGUCUUGAAUCGUUGGAAGUUGAAUCUUGUAAUGAGAUGCAAGUGCUAUUUCAGAUUGCUGAAGUGAGGAGCAUACAGCAAGGAACCAGUCAUCGUGUAAGCUUACAAAGUUUGAAGGUUGUAAGAAUAGACAACUGCAAUAAAUUGAGAUAUCUCUUCCCCACGUCUGUUGCUCAAAGUCUUGGACAACUGGAAGAACUGCACAUAUCCGACUGCUUGGAAUUGGAAGAAAUAAUUCCCAAAACGGAGGUGUCAAACAUCAAUCUCCAAAGUCUAAGGGAAGUACAUGUAAGUGGCUGCAAUAACUUGACAUCUCUUUCCUCAUUAUCGCACGGUCAAAUUUUGGAGAAAUUGACAACACUUCGGAUUCGGGAUUGCUCUCGAUUGGAAUAUACUUUUCCAAUCUCAAUGGCUGAAGGUCUUCCACAGCUGAAUAAGGUUACAUUGGAAGGUUUGCCUGAAUUUAAAGGAAGGGAUGGAAAUGACAUUGUACUCACGCUGCCAUCUUUACAAGAGUUGGAAAUGAGAGAGUGUACACAAUUUAUCAUUUCGGCUGAAAUACAGAUUGCUGAAUUGAGGAGCAUACAAGAAGGAACCAGUCAUCAUGUAAGCUUACAAAGUUUGAAGGUUGUAAGUAUAUACAACUGCAAUAAAUUGAGAUAUCUCUUCCCCACGUCUGUUGCUCAAAGUCUUGGACAACUGGAAGAACUGCACAUAUCCUACUGCUUGGAAUUGGAAGAAAUAAUUCCCAAAACGGAAGUGUCAAACAUCAAUCUCCCAAGUCCAAGGGAAGUUUUUAUUGCUGAAUUGAGGAGCAUACAAGAAGGACCCAGUCAUCAUGUAAGCUUACAAAGUUUGAAGUUUGUAAGAACACGCAACUGCAAUAAAUUGAGAUAUCUGUUCCCCACGUCUGUUGCUCAAAGUCUUGGACAACUGGAAGUACUGCACAUAUCCGACUGCUUGGAAUUGGAAGAAAUAAUUCCCAAAACGGAAGUGUCAAACAUCAAUCUCCAAAGUCUAAGGGAAGUACAUGUAAGUGGCUGCAAUAACUUGACAUCUCUUUCCUCAUUGUCGCAUUGUCAAAGUUUGGAGAAAUUGACAACACUUACGAUUCGGGAUUGCUCUCGAUUGGAAUAUACUUUUCCAAUCUCAAUGGCUGAAGGUCUUCCACAGCUGAAUAAGGUUACAUUGGAAGGUUUGCCUGAAUUUAAAGGAAGGGAUGGAAAUGACAUUGUACUCACGCUGCCAUCUUUACAAGAGUUGGAAAUGAGAGAGUGCACACAAUUUAUCAUUUCGGCUGAAAUACAGAUUGCUGAAUUGAGGAGCAUACAAGAAGGACCCAGUCAUCAUGUAAGCUUACAAAGUUUGAAGUUUGUAAGAAUACACAACUGCAAUAAAUUGAGAUAUCUGUUCCCCACGUCUGUUGCUCAAAGUCUUGGACAACUGGAAGUACUGCUUAUAUCCGACUGCUUGGAAUUGGAAGAAAUAAUUCCCAAAACGGAAGUGUCAAACAUCAAUCUCCCAAGUCCAAGGGAAGUUUUUAUUGCUGAAGUGAGGAGCAUACAAGAAGGAACCAGUCAUCAUGUAAGCUUACAAAGUUUAAAGGUUGCAAUAAUAGACAACUGCAAUAAAUUGAGAUAUCUCUUCCCAACAUCUGUUGCUAAAAGUCUUGGACAAUUGGAAAAUCUGAAAAUAUCCUACUGCUUGAAAUUGGAAGAAAUAAUUCCCAAAACGGAAGUGUCAAACAUCAAUCUCCAAAGUCUAAGGAAAGUACAUGUAAAGGCCUGCAAGAACUUGACAUCCCUUUCCUCAUUGUCGCAUGGGCAAAGCUUGGAGAAAUUGACAAAACUUAGAAUUCGGGAUUGCUCCCGAUUGGAAUAUACUUUUCCAAUCUCAAUAGCUGAAGGUCUUCCACAGCUGAAUAAGGUUACAUUGGAAAGGUUGCCUGAAUUAAAAGGAAGGGACGGAAAUGACAUUGUACUCACGGUGCCAUCUUUACAAGAGUUGUGUGUGGCUGAUUGUCCACAACUGACUUCCUUUAUCAUUUCGGAUAAAAUACAGGUAAGCCUAUUUAUUUGUGUUUUUACUCUUUCAACUAUGUUGGUAGGAGGAAUAGAAAGAGUGGAAGAAUAGAUGAGAGAGCAGAGAGAAAAAAAAAAUGGAAACUUGACGCAUUUAAAUUGGGAGAGAGAAUUCUUUUUUUCUUAAGUAAAACCUUUUUUUAUAAUUUUUUUUCUUUGGAAACAAACACUAAGAAAGCAAAAUAAUUUGACUACAUAGUGUUAAUGUUGUUGACUAGAUUUUUUUUCUUGAUAAAUCGAUGACCAAAAAGUUUUCAAGUGCAACAAUAUUUAAAAGAUAGAUUUUGUAUCACUUUGGAUAAAACUAAUGUGAAUCUACUUCUCCCUACUUAAGUAGUGAUCAUUAAAAUCUCAAUAAAAUAAUUGUCACUAUUAAAAUGCAUCAGGCAUCCAUAAGCUUUGUGUAAUAUUAUUUUACUUUCAUCUACAAUCUUAUGAAACUCAAUUUUUUGAUUUACACUUUUUAAAAUAUUUUAAAUUCAUCUAUUACACCAAUCAUUAUUAAAAAAUUAUAGAACAAAUCUAUUUUAAUGUCACAUGGAUGUGCAUAUGACAAGAAUUUCAACUUAAAAAGUUCAAAAAAACCCCUCACCUUUUUAUCACGUGCAUGUUUACGUGGUUCUACACACACAAAGACAGUAUUUUGAGAUGAUAAAUUUAGUUAAAUUUUAAUGAUUGACUGUUGAAAUUGAUGA